UCUUCUUUUUUUUUUUUGGCAUUCUCGCGCCUCUUAUUUAUCUGUCAAUUAAAUCAUAAUAUAAGGUUUUAUAAUUGAUUUUAUCAAUGAAACUAAUGAAAAUUGACCAAAUUCAAGAAACCCAUUUUGUAGUUUUAUCUGUUUAAGCUGGCAAAGAAGAGAUUAGCUGUAACAAUCCAAUAUUUAUAAGUUUUUCUUAGUUUAAUAUUAUUUGGAGAACUUAUUGAUUCCUUGUUUUUCAUUUUCCAUGAAUUUGUGUUCAUAGAUGCAACCCAUGACUAGAAUUUCAAGGUUUUAAAGUUGUUAAGUGUGUUAUAUGGUAACAUAGAUUUUCCAUUCAAAUAAGGACAACUAUUCGUGGUUUGCAAAGUUUGAUGGGUUUUUUUUUCUUUUUCAUAUUGGUGAACCCUCUUGGGAAAUUUUGCCGGGCAUAUUAAACAUUAAGACAUCUUUGUUAUCAUAUACUAGGAAAUAAUGUAGAGCUAAGAGAAAAUGGGUAAUCUUUUCUGUUGCGUACAAGUUGGCCAGUCUACAGUAGCCAUCAAGGAGAGAUUUGGCAGGUUUGAGGAUGUUCUUGAGCCAGGAUGCCAUUGCCUACCAUGGUUUCUUGGAAGUCAGGUUGCGGGCCACCUGUCACUAAGAUUGCAGCAGUUGGAUGUUCGUUGUGAGACAAAGACUAAGGAUAAUGUAUUUGUCAAUGUUGUUGCAUCUAUUCAAUACCGGGCACUGGCAGAUAAGGCAAGUGAUGCCUUCUACAAACUCACCGAUACAAGGAAGCAGAUUCAAGCCUAUGUUUUUGAUGUUAUUAGGGCAAGCGUUCCAAAGCUAAAUUUGGAUGAUGUUUUUGAACAAAAAACUGAAAUUGCUAAAGCUGUUGAAGAAGAACUUGAGAAGGCUAUGUCUGCGUAUGGGUAUGAGAUUGCUCAAACACUUAUUGUGGACAUAGAACCUGAUGUGCAUGUGAAGCGCGCAAUGAAUGAAAUCAAUGCUGCUGCAAGGAUGAGGGUGGCAGCUAACGAGAAGGCAGAGGCAGAGAAAAUUCUGCAAAUCAAACGAGCUGAAGGUGAGGCCGAAUCUAAGUACUUGUCAGGGCUGGGUAUUGCUCGCCAGCGACAAGCUAUUGUUGAUGGGCUACGAGAUAGUGUGCUUGGAUUCUCUGUUAACGUCCCUGGGACUACUGCAAAGGAUGUCAUGGACAUGGUCCUGGUCACCCAGUACUUUGACACCAUGAAAGAAAUCGGUGCUGCUUCUAAAUCUUCGGCUGUGUUCAUCCCUCAUGGUCCUGGAGCUGUUCGUGAUGUCGCCACUCAGAUUCGCGAGGGACUCCUCCAGGCUGCACAUCAGUAACUAAUACACUUAUACUGGGUUUUGCUUAAGGCCAGCAUGCUUUGUUUUUCUUUUUUCCGGACACUAGUUAGUUUUGGUAUUUGUCUGUUUAGUUCUUGGUGCCAUUUUGUUUAGCUGUGGUUGCUUCUUUUUUUUUUUUUUUUGUAUAUAUGGUAUGGCCCUGAAAGGGGUUGUGAAGAACAUUGGGUGCAUAGUUUUCUAUAAAGCAGAUUUUAAGACA